UCAGUAGAUUGUACACACUGUAAAGGAAGACCUGGGUGGAUAUAAACGUUCCAAGGAAUCACAGAGGAAUAACUUCCCGCUCCAUCUUCACAAAAGGAAAUACUUGCUUUUAGGCUCAAUUACAAAUCACCGGGAUUAAGCAACAUCAUAUUGUAGCUGAACCAUGCCUGUGUCUAGGAUGAGAAUGAGGCCUUGGCUGGAGGAUAAGAUUGAGUCCAACUCCAUCAGUGGAUUGGUGUGGGUGGACAAGGACAAGAAGAUAUUCUCCAUCCCAUGGAAGCAUGCUGCACGUCAUGGAUGGGACCUGAACAAGGAUGCCUGUCUAUUCAAGCAAUGGGCCAUGCACACAGGGAAAUUCAUACAAGGCGAGACUACACCAGACCCUAAGACAUGGAAGGCUAAUUUCCGCUGUGCAAUGAACUCCCUUCCUGACAUCAAGGAGGUGAAAGACAAGAGCAUCAACAGAGGGUCAGGAGCGGUGCGCGUUUACAAAAUGCUGAACGUCAGCACAAAGCCAAAUAACAAGAGGUCAAAAGCAAAGGAUGCAAAGCAAAAUGACAAGGGGUUAAAGAUCAAGACAGAGGAAAUGGACAACAGUGCAACCCAUUGCCUCAAGGAUCGCAACACCAACACACACCUGCAGGAGGACAGAAAGAUACAGGAGAACAAAGUCGACAGCUCAGACAACCUAGGGGAGACCAUCACAGCAGCGUCAUAUGUUAAUGACCCUGAUGUUCCAGACUUUAUCACCUCUGUGGAAAUAGGACCAGACAGCAUCAACUACUACUCGUCUUUCCAAGUGUCACCGGAUCACUCCACAGACUAUGAAGAUUUGAACGAAGAAACACUUAUUGAGAUUGCACAGCAUUGGGAGCAAUUGGAGCAAUUGGAGCUGCCAGGCAGUGUAAACAGCAAGGGGUUCCUGAGCAAUGAAGUAGCUACAGUAGAGUCAUACAACACUGCAGAGUCUAACCACAGUCCAGAGAGCCAAUGGAGUGAUAACUCAGGGUCGGAAAUAGAGCUGCGGUUAUACACAGAACUGAGCCCAGGCCUACCAAUGGCUGAAGAUCUCGUCUCUUACGCCGACCAUUGGGCUCUGAACAACACACUGAACAACAACACGACCAGUUAUCUCCAACAGAUCUCUUGCCCACUUUGAGCCAUGCCUGGAUUUCCUGGCCACUGAAAGCCCUGCCUACUCUUUCCCAGACACUGUUCAGAAACAAAAGACUUCACUCUGACUCUACAGUCUAAAAGACUUCUUUAUUUCGUGACCUCUGAACCUUAAGCUACACCAUCUUUGCCAUUUGACCUCUGCUGUUCUGUGACAUUUGGUGGAUCUCUGAAGUGAUAUAGCAUUUUUGACAGGAAGUUUUUAACCAAGUGUCAUGCUCUACUGCGUUUCUAGUCUUUGUUAAAUCAUUGUGCUCAUAGCUGUAUUGAUGAUUUACAAGAUCCAUAGUUGAUAUGAGGGCACCUAUCCCGUUGCCAGCUCAACACAGAAACUCUCCACAGAAACUCUCCACUUGGGUGGGCAAAACUAUAUCAGUUUUUUCUGUUUUACUGUGAAAAUAAAAUCCGUUAUUUACACUUGUAUAUAGCUGUAUAUUCCAGGACAAUAAUCAUUCUUAACAAACUAUGGUGAAAAAAAUGUCUGUUAAUUUGGUGAAAAGUUUUAAAGAUGUACUGUUUUGUGUAUUGAAUCUGUAAAUACUAUAUUUGUAUUGAAUAUUUGUGUUGUGGUUUGUUUUAUACAAAAUAAAUAAAAUACCAACUUA